GACGGAGAUCCCGCGGACACGGAAAUAGUUUUUAAGCCCACAACAGAGCAUGUCCCGCCUGCCAGUAAUGUCAAGUAAGAGGGUACUCGCGUGCAGCAGCUCGGAGAAUGCCCAGGACUUGGCACCUGCACAGAAGAGACUCCGUAAGGAUGCAGAUCCGGUUAAACCAGCGGCUACGGUCAUUGGUACCAAGCGACCUGCUCUCGCAGCAACCCGAGCACCUAUCUCAAGGCCACUCAGAGCUGCAGGAGCUGCAACUGUAGCUGCGGCUCCGUCUAGAGGUGUCAUUAAGCAGUCUGUAGCUUCAGCUGCAGCAAAGGGAGGCAACAUGAAGCAACCCGUUGCAUCCACCGGCACAAAAACAGGUGGGACACAAAAACGAAAUCCUUGGGAUCUGAAGGGCAAGGUCAGCGACAUGGAGGAUAAGGUCCGUAACUACCAAACGAAAGUUAAGACUCUGAAUCAGGAAAAUGAGGUUCUCCAAGACUCGGUGUCCCAGAGCCAAAGAAAAAUGGUGCAAGUGGAGAAGGAGCUUCAGAUGCAGAGGAGCCAGAUCGGGGAGUAUGAGAGGAAGCUGCAGGUGUUGGCAGGAGUCCAGGAUGAGCUGGAGAAAGUCUUGAGCGAUAAGAACGUUCUUCAGAAGGAGCUCACCAACUUGGAGGGGAAAUACAAAGUGAUGGAGACUCUCCGAGACAGCCAAGAGACGGAGCUGCAGACUCUGAAGAUGAAGCUCUCUGUGCAGGAAUCAACUCUGGCCCGUGUGCAGGCAAACCUCAGAGACUCCGAGGAGGAGGUCCGGUCUCUGAAAGAAACUGUGGCCCAGCAAAAGGAUGAAAUUUACGCUGGAGAGAUGGAGCGCAGACGGCUCCACAACACCAUACAAGAGCUCAAGGGUAAUAUCAGAGUGUUCUGCAGAGUGCGUCCUCUGGUAGGUGGAGGCCUUCCCAAGCAUAUACAACUCGCCACAAGUGACAAUAAAGCGAUAACGCUGGCUAAAACCGAGGAGUCUCACACGGGCAAAACUGCCGACACUCACAAGAAUUACAACUUCAGCUUUGACCGUGUGUUUGGUCCUCGGGCCUCUCAGCAGGAGGUCUUUGAGGAGAUCUCACUGCUGGUGCAGUCAGCGCUGGACGGCUACAAUGUCUGCUGCUUUGCCUACGGUCAGACCGGAAGUGGAAAGACGUACACCAUGGAGGGGGACGAGUUUGACGAGACCAGAGGUGUCAUUCCCAGAGCAGUGCAACAGAUCUUUAAAGCUGCAGGAAAACUGGGAGAACAAGGCUGGGAGUUCACGUUCACAGCGAGCUUUGUCGAAAUUUACAAUGAGACCCUGAGGGACCUUCUGUACACCGGCAAGUCCAGCAAGAGACCUGAGCAUGAGAUCCGCAAGACGGCCAGCAACGAAGUGACAAUCACUAAUCUCACCUAUGAGCGGGUCACCAAUGAGGAUCAGGUUCUCGGUCUGAUUGCUUUGGCCAAUCAGAAUCGCUCCACUGCCCAGACAGCCCAGAAUGACCGCUCGUCUCGCUCCCACUCAGUCUUCCAGCUGGAUAUUGAGGGAGUCAAUGCCGGCAGGGAUGUCAAGUGCAAAUCCACUCUGUGCCUGGUGGACUUGGCUGGCAGUGAGCGAAUGGUGAAGAGCCAGUCUCAGGGCGACCGUUUCAAAGAGAUGACCGCCAUCAACGGCUCGCUGUCCAACCUGGGCAUCGUUAUCGCCGCUCUGGCCAACAAGGAGAGUUACGUUCCCUACAGGAACUCGAAGCUCACCUACCUCCUGCAGGGAUGUUUGGGGGGAAACAGCAAAACCUUGAUGUUUGUUAACAUCGCUCCAGAGCCCGACAGCUUUGGGGAAACUCUGAACUCAUUGAGGUUUGCCAGCAAGGUGAACGACUGUGUCAUCGGGACAGCGACUGCCAACAAAAAGUAGAAAUUAUUAAAAAAAAUCCUGAGUUUUCUACUUUUUAGGUUCAUCUCAGGUUUCCACACUCGCUGAGUUUGUCAUUACAUGCUCACAGAGUAUCUAUACAUGUAAAAAUGUAAUUUCUUCUAAUUAGUACUUCAAACAACUUGUCUGAAUCUAAAAUGCUUCAAACCUUCCAUAUAUCUGUACUUGUGUGUAGUAAUGCUAGCUUCACCACAAAAGGAGUUGCCGUGCAUUUUUAAUAAAAAGGAGAAAAAAAAAAAGUGAUUUCACUGCAGAUUUCACACAUUUAAGCUUUUCACUGCGCCGUUCCUGACUAUAUUUUAUAUUUGUGCUUUGAAAGCAGGGCGUCAGUGUUUAGUGUUUUUUCAAAGCAGCUGUUUUAGCAUGAAGUGAGAGGUAAACUCAGAAAUGAGUCAGUUUUGUUUAAUGUAACUCUUGUGUUUACCUGCUGUUGGAAGUGAAUGACAGUAACAUUGAGUGUUUUCACCAAUGUUAGAUUAUAUUUGUAUAUACUGUAUACUGGCUAUUUUACAAGUCUACAUCACUUUUACUGAUUUUUAGUUUUCUUUUACCUGUUUCCUUGUCUGCCAUAUCAUUAGUAUUAUCUUUCGUGGGAAUUAAAUGUUUAUUUAACAUGUACGCUAUUA